GGGAACUCCUCUGAGCUCUGAAAGCUUAAACACCCCUGGAAUCAGCCUGAGCUAAGUGGAGACUGAGGUAAGGUUUGGAGGGAACCAGGAGCUCAGAAGCAUGUCUGGGAAGCCCAGGCUUACCUACCUUAAUGGAAGGGGGCGAAUGGAGUCCAUACGAUGGCUGUUGGCAGCAGCAGGCGUGGAGUUCGAAGAAAUUUUUCUGGAAACAAAAGAGCAGUAUGAGAAGAUAAUCAAAGAUGGAAGCCUGAUGUUCCAGCAAGUGCCCCUGGUUGAGAUCGAUGGGAUGAAGAUCGUGCAGACCAGAGCUAUCCUCAGCUACGUAGCAGGGAAAUACAAUCUCUAUGGGAAAGACUUAAAGGAGAGAGCCCUGAUUGACAUGUAUGUGGAAGGAAUAAUAGAUCUGAUGCAAAUGAUUUUGAUGUUUCCUUUCUCUCCACCUGAGGCAAAGGAGAAAAAUCUUGACUCAAUUAAGGAGAGGGCAACUAACAGGUACUUCCCAGUCUUUGAAAAGGUUUUGAAACAACAUGGCCAAGACUUUCUGGUGGGCAACAAAUUCAGCUGGGCAGAUGUUCAGCUAAUUGAAGCCAUUUUAGCAGUGGAGGAGAAAGUACCUGCUGUGCUGUCAGGGUUUCCUCAGUUGCAGGCUUUUAAAAUAAGAAUGAGCAAUAUGCCGACAAUUAAGAAGUUCUUGCAGCCUGGCAGCCCAAGGAAACCCCCACCAGAUGAACAUUAUGUAGAAACCGUGUUGAAGAUUUUUAGUAAAUGAAUACUUCAUUCAUAGUACUUUCAGUGAGACACAGAAUACUGGGGGGGGGGGGGGAGGGCGGGGAGGAACCAAAGGGAGGAGGAAACUCAGUAAAUUGGUAUCAUUGUAAUUAAAACCAAUGGUUAAAAAAAAAAGCUGACUUACCAUCUGUA